AUGAUUGUAUCAGCCAACGAUGUCCUAACAACGACAGGCUUCACGACGUGCAUGGCCGGUUCCGACAUUACAGUCACAGUCCUCAAUAUCCAAUAUGACCGCACCACUCAGCAGAUAACUUUCGACGUAGCAGGUACCAGUUCAAAAGUCGAGAAUGUCACUGCUGCCUUGUACGUCACUGCCUAUGGCAAGCAGGUGUACCAAAAAACCUUCAAUCCAUGUGACGAAGGCAACAAAGUUGAUCAACUGUGUCCUGUCCCAGCGGGAUCAUUCGCAGCUCAGGGUGUGCAAGACGUUCCUCCGUCUUACGCGAGUGAGAUACCCUCGAUAGCCUUCAAUGUCCCUGAUCUCGAAGGAGGAGCCAAAUUGGAAUUGACGGCGCUUGAUGGCGGACAAGAUCUAGCAUGCAUAGAGUCAGACGUGACCAAUGGCAAGACCGUGGAAUCUCCUGCAGUCUCUUAUAUCGCGGUAGGGGUUGCGGGGGCCGCACUUGUACUCACCGGCAUCUCAGCCAUCGGCAGUGCAGGUACAGCCGGUGGCCACGCCCCAAGCCCUAAUUUUGGAGACGUCGUUGGCUGGUUUCAAUCAAUAGCCAUGAACGGAAUGUUGAGCGCCCAAUAUCCACCAAUCUAUCGAAGCUUCUCCAAAAACUUUGCCUUUUCUGGGGGUCUUAUCCCAUGGAACUCGAUGCAGACAUCAAUUGACAAUUUCAGGCGGGCGACCGGCGGCAACCUAACAGAUGACAAUGUCCAGUACUUAAAAAAUGCCAGUUUGGUUUACACUACUGGACCGACGUCAGACUCAGGAAUCGUGUCGAGACGCGCAAACGAUUUUCUCUUUGAACCUCAACUAUUUUCAAGAGAUACAUCGACCACCAUCAAUGGCACUCAGUCAGGCACUGCUGCCGCUGCUGCUGGUAAUGGCACAAGCUCUGGCAAUUCGAAGGUCACUCACAUCGUGCAUGGUAUCCAGGGCUAUGUUGAGCAGCUCACCAUCCCUCAGGCCAAUACGUUCAUGACUGUCCUUCUGAUAUUUGCCAUUGUCAUCGCCGCUAUCGCCGUCGGUAUUCUUCUCCUGAAGGUCAUUCUUGAGACAUGGGCCUUAUUUGGCUCAUUUCCUAAAAAACUCACCAACUUCCGCAAGCGGUAUUGGGGCCUAUUGGCUAGGACGAUCACCAACUUGAUCCUCCUUCUUUACGGUGUCUGGACCCUUUAUUGCAUCUAUCAGUUCACUAACGGUGACUCCUGGGCUGCCAAAGUUCUUGCGGGUGUCACACUCGCAUUGUUCACUGCGGUCCUCGCUUUCUUCACCAUUCGAAUCUGGCAGAUCGCUCAAAAAUUUAAGAAAAUGGAGGGCGACACUGCGAUCCUUUUCGAAGACAAGGAAACGUGGCGGAAGUACAGCUUGUUCUACGACAACUACAAGCGAGGCUAUUGGUGGCUCUUCAUGCCUGCAAUCUUGUACAUGUUCGCUAAAGGAUGCGUUAUUGCCGCCGGCAAUGGCCACGGAUUGGUGCAAACAGCUGGGCAGUUGAUCAUCGAGUCUGUCAUGCUCGCUCUGGUACUAUUCACUAGACCUUUCGCGACUACCGCUGGAAAUUGGAUCAACGUUGUAAUCCAGGUUGUACGAAUGCUCUCCGUCGUUUGCAUUAUGGUAUUCGUGGAACAGCUUGGAAUCGCGCAAUCCACCAAGACAAUCACCGGCGUGGUUUUGAUCGCUGUACAGUCCGUCCUGACUGCGGUCCUGGCUAUUUUGAUUGCGGUGAACGCGAUAAUUGUGUGCAUUAGGGAGAAUCCUCACCGAAAGCAGAGGAAACAGGCUGAGCGGAUCAACCGCGAUCUCGACGAUCUGACUCCCCUUGACGCUCGCAAUUCCCUUCUCAUCGACCCAACGGAUUACAAAGACGUCAAGGAUCCACAGGCGAAAAGCUACCCAUUGAGUACUUAUUCUAGCCGGGGAAGCUACGAUACGGUCCAACCCUAUCGAGACGAGACGCCGCCACCUCGGCGACCUCGAGGUGCCGAUGAGAGCUCGGAAUUCUUAGUCAGCUCUGCUGCAGAUAUGGGAUACGGGCAUGACCGGAGAGUCAGCCGAGAAAGUGACGGCGCCACUUCGCCAUCUGCAAGGCGGCAACCGACCGUACCACACAUGGGUUAUCGUGGGCAAGCAUAUUAG